AUGGUAAUAUCAAUCCCUAAAACUAAGAGCAUGGUGAUCGCCAGGGAACCCCGCCGAUGUAAGCUGGAGAUAAAUAACAAAAUCAUCGAACAAGUAUUCUCCUUUAACUAUCUGGGCGUAACGAUAUCGCCAUAUGGAAGCUUAAAAGAUAGUGUAAGACAUCAGAUGAAUAAGGCAGCCAGAAUAUCGGGGGCCCUAAGGAAUAUCAUCUGGAAGAACAAUUGCAUGACAACAACCAGUAAAGUGAGAAUUUACAAAGCAUGUGUCAGACCCAUAAUGACAUACGCGGCGGAAACAAGAGCAGAAACAGCUGAAACUAAAAGAAUGGCACGAACAAACGAGAUGCGAGUUUUGAGGGCAAUCACAGGAAACACAUUGAGAGACCAGAGAAGAAGCGACGAGAUCAGAAAAGAAUGCCAGACGGAGGACGUAGUUAGAUGGACCCGCGCGAGAAGAAGGUUCUGGAAUGAACAUGUCUCACGUAUGUCAAGCGACAGAAUAGCGAAAAUCGCGAGAAACGGAAGACCAGCAUCCAAAAGACCUGUAGGGAGACCCCCAAAAAGGUGGAAGGACAGCUGGACCUCAAUAUCUCAAGAACGAGAGGAGGAAAAUGGGUGA